CAAUCUCUGUUUACUUCCGGGUUGAUUAAUACUGAAGGGAGAACGCCAGGCCAGAAAGGGGAGCUCGGAUACCUUCCAGAGAGUGAGACCCAGCGCCCCUCUCCUGUUCCCCUCAGGCUUUCGUCCCCGCCAUGGCUGAGCUGAUCCAGAAGAAACUGCAGGGAGAAGUGGAAAAAUAUCAACAACUACAGAAAGACUUGAGUAAAUCUAUGUCAGGGAGGCAGAAGCUUGAGGCACAACUAACAGAAAAUAAUAUCGUGAAAGAGGAACUGGCCCUGCUGGAUGGGUCCAACGUGGUCUUUAAACUUCUGGGUCCUGUGCUGGUCAAACAGGAGCUAGGGGAAGCUCGAGCCACAGUGGGGAAGAGGCUGGACUAUAUCACAGCUGAAAUUAAGCGAUAUGAAUCCCAGCUCCGGGACCUUGAGCGGCAGUCAGAGCAACAAAGGGAGACCCUCGCUCAGCUGCAACAGGAGUUCCAGCGAGCCCAGGCAGCAAAGGCAGGGGCUCCUGGGAAGGCCUGACCCCAUGGUGGGGGGGAGGGG